AUGUCGAACCCCCGCGUUGAAGAACUUCCCGACGAGGAGCCCAAGAAGACCACCGUCCAGGAGCACGAGGAUGACUCCAGCGACGACUCCGAGGUUGAGGAGGUCGGCGAGGGCCAGCUCCCCGCUGGUUCUACUGUGAUCCACAACCGCAACGAGAAGAAGGCUCGCAAGGCCCUUGAGAAGCUGCACCUCACCCGCAUCCCUGGCAUCACCCGUGUCACUCUCCGCCGUCCCAAGAACAUCCUCUUCGUUAUCAACACCCCCGAGGUUUACAAGUCUCCCAACAGCAACACCUACAUUGUCUUCGGUGAGGCUAAGAUUGAGGACGUCAACGCCGCUGCUCAACAAGCUGCUGCUGCCCAGCUCGCCUCCCAGAACGCUGAGGACCACUCUGGUCACAACCACGGCGAGCCCAGCAAGGCUGUUGAGGCCGACGAGAAGAAGGAGGAUAAGGAAGACGACGAGGAAGAGGAGGAGGAGGAGGAGGAGGAGGUCGACGCCUCUGGACUCGAGGAUAAGGACAUCGAGCUUGUCAUGACCCAAGCCAAUGUCAGCCGAAACAAGGCUGUCAAGGCAUUGAAGGAGAACGACAACGAUAUUGUCAAUUCCAUCAUGGCCCUAAGUAUCUAG